GAUGGUAUGAGUUUAAUGCUUAAUUAGGGUUUACUUAAUAUCAUUAGAAAGAUUAAGAAGUCAGAAAAGGAAUUAAGAAUUCUUGUGUUAGGUUUGGAUAAUGCAGGAAAAACUACUAUUUUAAAGGCAUUGUCAAAUGAAGAUAUAAAUCAAAUUGCUCCUACUCAUGGCUUUAACAUUAAAAAUUUAUAACACGAAGGAUUUAAACUUAAUGUUUGGGAUGUAGGAGGUUAGGAGGUAAAUCCAAAACUACUUUAUAGAAACUUCGAGAAUAUUGGAGCAACUUCUAUGAAAAUACAGAUGCUUUAGUAUUUGUGAUUGAUUCAUCUGAUUAAAUGCGUUUGGAAGAGGGAGGCAAAGAGUUAGAUAAAUUACUUGGAGAAGCUGAAUUAAAGAAAGUACCUCUCUUGGUAUUUGCAAAUAAAUAAGACUUGGUUUAAGCACUUCCUGCUGAUGAGGUUAGUAUUCUAUCUAAUUAAGAUCUCUGAUAGUUUGAAAUUAAAUAAAAUUAAUGAUAGAUAAUGGUCUAUUGUUGCAUGUUCAGCCAAAACUCAAGAAGGUUUAUAAGAAGGAAUGGAAUGGUUGAUUAAGACAGUCCAAGACAAAUGAAUAUUAAAUAUUAAAUAUAUUUAGAUGAAAACAUAGAUCGGAGUUUUAAUUCAUCUCCACAAAUUCACAAAUAUAGAUCUCUCUACAUAAGGAAUCUAUCAAAUUAGAGUUUCUGUGGUAUUAAAAUAAACUUAAAUUCUCUUAGCCAGGAGCUUAGCCAUACCUUAUUAUCAAUUCCACUCGUUAAGAAGCCAUUUCAGUUAAUGAGGUUGACGAAAAACAUAUAUGUUAUCCAGAAAAUAUACAUCAUUAAUAUUUUUAUUCUCAAGGAUUUUUAAUAAUAUAUGAGGAUGAAGAAAUGCUUACUAAUGUUGGUUGUGCAUUCCGAUUAGAAGAAAUAUAAUUUAAUUCAAAUAUUCAAAUCUAGAUGGAUUUACUUUUCUUAGAUAUUAAGUCACUUCCAGAUAUACAUUCUCAAGACUUCACUUAAAAUGUGAUGCAUUUACAUUCAAAAAUGAAACCAGUAUCACAUGCUUCAUUCUUAGUGUCCAAUCCUCAUCAUUACAACUAAAUGUAUUAUCCUGUUGAUUUUGAUACCAAUCAUUUCUGUAAUGUAUAAACUCAAAUCUUUACUACUCCUAUUAACAUAUCAUUCACUAAAGGAUUUGUAGAAGAAUAAAUUAAACUUCAUUUUAAUACCUUCAUUAAUUAAACUAUGCAUGUACUCACUUCUAAUAGAAAUUCUCUUCAAAAUAUAAUGUUAAAGAUAUAAUCAGAUAAAAAAAUCAUUCAAUUAUCAUAUAAAGAAUAAGAAUAUAAUAUAAAUGAUCCUAAUUUAAUAAACUAGAUUAAUUAGGUAUAUUAUUCUAACUUAUUAGAGUUUUUAUGAUUUACAUCACGAUCUCUAUGUCCUAUGGUGUGAAUUAAUUUCAAUCUUAAAAGAUAAUUAUCUAAAUCUCCUUAGAAUUUUAUAAUAAGAUUAUUGUGAUCAAAUAAAAUAAAGAUGGAUGAAUUGCAUUUUAAGUUAUUCUACUUAAAAUAUCAAUCUUUCUUCUCAUACAAAUCAAGAAUUAGCAAAAAAUAAACGACAUUCCUUAAAAAAUACUGAAUUUUAAAGAAUAGUUUAUAUUGAAGCCAUAAUUCCUUUGCAAUCACAUCCAUUUAUCUUUAGAACCACUCACUUAAAGCAAGGAUUAUAAUAAAUUUCUAAUGAUUUCAGAGUUCAUUAUGUUGUUUUACUUCAUGGUUAUUAAGGUACAUCUUAUGAUAUGAGAUAUUGGAAGGCAAUUCUAAAAAUUCGUUUUUAGGAUAAAAUAAAAUUAAUAUUGCCUACAUGUAAUGAAUUCAUUAAUAAUAAAUCUAUUAAAUAAUAAGCUUAAGAUUUAGCUGAAGAAAUAAUUGAUUAUAUAAAUCAUGAAAGAGUAUUUGAUUUCAAAUUAUCUUUUGUUGGACACUCCUUAGGUGGACUUAUAAUUAGAGCAGCUUUACCUAUGUUAUAAUAGUUUUAAAUUUAAAUGCAUUCUUAUAUAAGUUUAGGUACUCCACAUUGUGGAUAUGCCCCAUCUAAAAGCUUUUUAAUUGAUACAGGGUUAAUGAUGAUUUAAAAAUGGAAUAAAUGCAAAACACUUCAAGAACUGAGUUAAAAGGAUAAUAAGAAUAUAGCAUCAACUUUUCUUUAUUAGUUAAGUACAUUUGAGGGAUUAGAAUGGUUUAAUAAUGUUGUUAUUCUAUCAUCUCAUUAAGAUCAUUAUGUACCUUUUCAGUCAGCAUUAAUUUAAAAUAUUGAAGAAUCUAAUGAUCCAAAAAUCUUAUUUUAUAAUUAAAUGGUUACAAAUAUAUAAUCAAAAUGUAAAAAGAUUGAUAGAUUUGAUAUUGACUUUUUGAUUACAAAAAAGUAUAAAUAUAAUUUAAUAUAUUAAGAAAAUUGGAUAAAUUUAUAGGAAGGGCAGCUCAUAUAGAAUUUAUAGAUAACUUAUUAUUCGUAAAGAUGUUUGUUUACUUAUUCAGUGAAUUUUUUAUCUGA